ACCAUCAACAACAACGCUCCAACAGCCGCCGUCGGGCCCUGCCGCCGAAGUAACAAGCGAUCCCGUUCGACUCCAACGAAACCGCGGAGGCCGGCCUGCCGAGGGGAGGAACGAAAUGGAAUUAGUCUGGAAUCCUUUACACAAAGCCAAGGGAGACUACGCAAAUAACGUGCUCUAUUUCUGGUGGAUUGGGCCCGAUGUCUUUGGGAAAAGCCGGGUUGGGUUGUUCCUUCGCAAGCCUGACUGGACGAAGAUCCAUCUGCAGCCGUUCGAGAAGAACCUGUACGAGGAACACCCGGCCACGACAAACAGGUCAUCGGCCGAAGUGGACGCCUACAGGAAAGCCAAAGGGAUUUCGGUGAAAGGGCGGAGCGUGCCCAAGCCCAUCCUUGCUCUGGAAGAGUCCAACUUCCCCGACUCCAUCGUCAAGAGCAUCGAGUCCCGACGCGAUUACACGUCUCCCACGUGCAUCGAGGCACACUGCUGGCCCAUCGCACUCACGUGCAGGAACUUUCUGGGCAUCGCGGAGACGGGAUCGCACAAGACGCUAGCCUACGUCCUGCCCGCGGUCAUCCACGUCAGCCGGCAGCCACCGCUUCAACAGGACGACGGACCCAUCGCCGUCGUGCUGGCUCCUACGCGCGAGCUGGCCAUGCAGAUUCACCACGUGGUCUCAGAGCUCGGUGAGUACGCCGGCGUGCGUACCGUCUGCGCCUGGAACGGCGACCCCAAGCGAGGUCAGUACGCCAAUCUCAAGAAGGGCUGUCAUAUCUGCGUGGCCACGCCUCAACGCCUCCUUGAGUUCCUCGAGGAAGGCAAGGUGAAUCUGCACCGCUGCACAUACCUCGUGCUCGACGAAGUAGACCGCAUGCUGGUAAUGGGUUUCAAGCAGCACGUUCUCAAGAUUACCGAGCUCUGCCGGCCCGACCACCAGACGAUAAUGUGGGUCACAUCCUGGCAAAAAGAGCUCAGGCCCUUUGUCGAGGACCUGCUCGACGACUACGUGGAAGUCAAAUUCGGGACGGCGCAGCUGCCCGUCGAAAACAGCGUGGAAAUGACCGUCGACGUGUGCCAGGAGGAAGAGAAGGAAGCGAAGCUAGCUGAACACCUCGACGACGUCCUCAAGGAAAAGUCAAAGAAGGCCGUUGUCUUCACCGACACGAGGACUAAGGCCGACGAUAUUGCGUGGAAGCUGCGAGUCCGGGGCUGGUCUGCCGUCGGUCUUCACGGCCGGAAGAAGAAAGAGGAGCGCGACUGGAUCGUUUCCGUGUUCCGGAACGGUACACCAAGCGUGCUCGUGACGACAGACAUGGUUGCGCACGACUUGGUUCUCGAGAACGUGCGACUGGUCGUUAACUACGACUGCCCGGACUGCUCGGAGGUCUACGCGCGCAGGUCGAGCCACGUUGCGCGAUCAGGUGAACCCGGCGUGGUUCACACCUUCAUCAUUCCGACCCAGCAGCAGCACGCCACGAACCUGAUAGCAAUUCUGGAGGAUGCCAAUCAGCCGGUCGAGCCAGAACUGUACAACAUGGCAAAAAAAGGUCGUUCCAAACGAUGACGCGUUUGACACCGGCGGGACGGGGAGGUGCUCAGCGUGACGGCGGGUUGUUAAAAGAACUCGAAGCUAGCCCUUAAGAGUGCUCUUAAAAUUACCGGCAUCCGCGCAACUACUGUCACAUACUGCAACAAUUUAUAACGAUUGAAAAAUUAAACUAUAAUUCUUUGCUGGUAA